AUGAAGAGGAUUCGCAAUGGUAAUACUGUGGCUUCAUCAUCUCAACCUGAUAGACAGCGUCCCACAACCUCAACAAGGAGACAGAGAACGGCUCCCCAAGAUCACUUUGAGGAUACCACAAAAGUUGAAGAUGUAGCUCCUACUCAUGAUAGUAAUGUUAACGCAGAAGUUGAAGAUGUAGCUACUAUUCAUGAUUGUCUUCCUUCUCGGCAUUCAUAUACACAUACGCAAUAG